UAACUCAACUGUAUGAUGUGUACAUUGAGUGCUUAAAAUUCUUUACGUAAAGGAUUCGGCACGACUUUCUAUCUGGAGAGAGAUAAAUUUUGAGCGGCCAGUAGAAGUUUUGAAUCUGUUCCCUCUCCUCAUUAUUGAUGUAUUCAUAUCAUUAGACAACUGUUAUAGGUCUGCUUGGUUCUACGUCUUCUACUUGCCUUCAGCUAUAGAUUAUUUAUUAUCUACAUCAAAUCGGGAACCUGCAGGCUUGACGCAAGAAAAUGAAUUCUUCUGACCAUGGAUUUAAUCCAGCAUUCAACAUGGCUGCUAUUAAGCAAGUGUUUAAUGAAGCUGUUGAGAGAGUUCGUAUGCCCACUCCAAUGCGCUUACGAGACCUGAUACGUCAAAUACGAGCCGCACGUACGGCUACUGAAGAGAGGGAAGUUAUCAAUAAAGAAUGUGCUUAUAUUCGAUCAACAUUCAGGGAAGAGGACUCUGCCUGGCGUUGCAGGAAUGUUGCAAAACUUCUCUACAUCCAUAUGCUAGGAUAUCCUGCUCAUUUUGGUCAAUUAGAGUGUCUAAAGUUGAUAGCAUCACCAAGGUUCACUGACAAAAGGAUUGGUUACCUCGGGGCCAUGUUACUGUUGGACGAGAGGCAGGAUGUACAUUUACUCAUAACAAACUGCUUGAAAAACGACUUAAACAGCUCAACCCAGUUUGUUGUUGGUUUGGCCUUGUGUACACUGGGAGCCAUUGCCUCUCCAGAAAUGUCCCGUGAUUUGGCUGCUGAAGUUGAGAGACUUAUGAAGUCACCCAAUGCCUACAUUAGAAAGAAAGCUGCGCUGUGUGCCUAUAGGAUAGUAUUAAAGGUUCCAGAACUCAUGGAAAUAUUUUUACCUGCCACUCGCUCACUUUUGUCAGAGAAAAACCAUGGAGUCUUGAUCACAGGUGUUACCCUUAUCACAGAAAUGUGUGAACACAGUCCUGACACUCUUCAACAUUUCAAAAAAAAUUUUUCUGUAGUGUUGGGGAAAGGCAAGAAAUCUUCCUUUAAGGACUGCAGUCAAGAGGAGAUUGUUCCCAACCUCGUGCGUAUCCUGAAAAAUCUGAUCUUGGCUGGUUAUUCCCCAGAACAUGACGUGUCAGGUGUCAGUGAUCCUUUCCUUCAGGUGAAAAUAUUACGACUUCUUCGUAUUUUGGGACGCAAUGAUGCUGAGGCAUCUGAAGCCAUGAAUGAUAUUUUAGCUCAAGUGGCAACAAACACAGAAACAUCAAAGAAUGUUGGAAAUACUAUUCUCUAUGAAACCGUCCUAUCUAUUAUGGAUAUCAAGUCGGAGAGUGGCCUUCGGGUCCUGGCUGUAAAUAUCCUUGGUCGUUUCUUGUUGAACAAUGACAAGAAUAUAAGAUAUGUUGCAUUGAACACCCUUCUGAAGACUGUUCACUUAGACACGAGUGCAGUUCAAAGACACCGCACUACUAUAUUAGAAUGUCUCAAGGAUCCUGAUGUUUCAAUUAGACGGCGUGCCUUGGAACUUAGUUUUGCAUUGAUUAAUUCCAACAAUGUACGAACUAUGAUGAAAGAAUUACUUUUAUUCCUGGAACGCUCCGAUCCUGAAUUUAAAGCACAGUGCAGUUCUAGUAUAGUGUUGGCAGCUGAACGAUAUGCUCCAAAUAAGCGCUGGCAUCUGGACACUUUGUUAAGAGUACUAAUUGCUGCUGGAAAUUAUGUCAGAGAUGAUGUGGUGUCAUGCACUAUCCAGCUGGUUUCAGACUCAGUUGAUCAACAAGGUUAUGUGUCAGCACAGUUAUGGCGUGCUCUUGAACAGGAUACUUCUGAUAGGCAGCCACUUACACAGGUCGCUACCUGGUGCAUAGGAGAGUAUGGAGAUGCCCUUCUUUACAGUGAUGUGUCUGUUGGAGAUGACCCAAGUGACAUUGUGAGGGUCUCUGAGGACGAGUUGCUGGAUGUAUACCAGCGUUUACUGUGGUCACCCCAGAAUACAAUUGUCACAAAACAAUACACUUUACUCUCUUUAACCAAACUUUCUACUCGCUUCCGUUCUAAUGUGGAGCGGAUUCGUCAGAUGGUUCAGCAGUUUGGAAGUCAUUUGCACAUUGAAUUGCAGCAAAGAGGAGUAGAGUUCACUCAGCUUUUCAAUUCACACGCUCAUUUACGUCCUGCUCUUUUAGAGCGCAUGCCACCUAUGGAAGUAGUUCGGCGUGAUAAUGGUUCCCAGCAGCAGCAAGUUCAGCACUCUACUGUGAAUGGAGUGUUGGAUAUAGCAGAUGUGAACUCAGAAGAGCCUGCAGUGAACAGUGAUUCUAAUGCUCUUUUGGUUCUCCUUGGGGGAAGUGAGCCAAGUAUUGUUGAUACAGAAACUGAGCAGCAAACUGCUAAACCACCAGCUGGUGUACCUGCUACUACAGAUAAUCAAGAUCUACUAGACCUAUUAGGUCUUGAUAUUGGAGGCUCUGCUCCUGUAGCAGUGAACAAUAUGAAUAUGAACAAUAAUGUCCACAGUACCAAUAACAAUAACCCUCUGCUACUGGAUCCUUUAGGCUCCUUAGGAUCUUUGAGCACUUCAACUCCUCUUCCACCAUUAUCUGGCCUCUCCUCUAUAACUCCAAGUUUGGAUUCACCCAGCCUAGUGGCCUAUGAGAAGAAUGGCCUUCGAAUUAUGUUUACUUUAGAGCGCAGUGAUGCCCCCUCAACAAUAUGCAUAGCAAUGGCUGCUUACAAUGAGACAGCCACACUCAUGAGUGACUUCCUGUUCCAAGUAGCAGUUCCAAAGACAUUUCAACUGCAAAUGAUGUCACCGAGUGGAACCACAAUUCCUCCAGCAGGAUCUGUCACUCAACAACUUCGAAUUCAAAACCCCUCUAAGGGAGCCCUAAGGAUGCGAAUGCGCAUUUCAUACAGCAGUGGAGGAGCAACCAUUCAAGACCAAGCAGAAAUGAAUAAUUUUCCCAGCGAGGGCUGGCAGUAAGAUAAUCACCAACUGUGUACUAUUAUUUUACUGAAGGUUUACUUGGGGGGAAGUAAUAUCUUGGCCAUUAUAAACUGCUACCGAUUGUACUAAAAGAAACGUCUUAAAUAGUCUUGAGACAAUUUGCAUUCCUCAUCAGGACCUUGCACGGACCUGCUUUUGCUCAGCUGGUCUGAGCACCAGAGAAAAAAAAAAGAUCAAGUUCAAUUUGUUACCUUUUGUUUUAUUGGCUGAGAGCUUUGCUACAAUGUUUUAUCUUGGAAGACAAUGUUUGACUUUUCUGUACUUUAACUUUUGCUCUUUUCCUUAUCUUUUAAGGAGGCAAAGAAUCUUCUGUACAUAAGUGGUAUAUUUUACUACAGAGAGGACCAGUUUUCAAUGUAUUAUUUUUUAAUGGAGUGAAACUCCUUAUUAUAAGUAUGUUUUAAUCAUCAUAAAUUUAUGUUUGUUGGUUUCUCAAACCCACAUGCUUCAAGUUGUUCUGUCACACAUUGUACAUAAUGGUCCAUUUUAUCUUAACUUGUAAUUAUGAAAAUGAAAUUAUAUGAAGAGUGAGUGCGAGAAAGUUUGUAUAUAAUUAUAAAUUUUACUGUGGCCAUUCAUUUACACCAGACUGUGAAUCCUAAUUCUGGAAGUAUUAUGAGAAGGUGCAGCUAAGAUGCCGACUGGUUCAUAUUGUAUAUAGAUGUAGUGGUGAAAUAAGGUCACAGCAGCACUUUCCGGGGGGUGAACUAAUUUGUUGAUAGUAAUCUUAAGUUCUUUCCUGUAAGAAUGUGAUGAAUUAUAUUGAGUUCAAUGAAAUCUCAA